AUGCCACCUAAACAGGGGAAGAAAACAUUAUGGGUGGAGUGUGAAAAAUGUAAUUGUGCCAUACCAACAAAUGAUAAAAAUAUUCAUAUAGAAUUGAAUUGUGGAAAAAAUCCAAUCAAAUGUCCUUAUGUGGAGGCUGGUACACUACAUUCAUGGCUCGAGAGAUGUAGCUCACUUCCUGAUAAUGCUCCUAGAAAUGCAGUGUUAAUACAUCCCUCUGUGGGGACUUUAAUUGGGGCUGUAAUUGGUGGUGCUUUGGAGAUUCAAAAAGUUGGGGCGCCUAUAUUAUUAAAACGGAUGUGGCCGUCUAAGACUUCUUCCCCUGCUGCUGUGAUUUUACCCGCUGCUGAACUUCCAUCAGGCUGGUGUAGUGACAACAAAAAUGUUAGUGUCUCUGUGUUCCAACAUGACAUACCUCAAGCAACAACUGUUAUUAUUAAAAUAAAAAACCAUAAGAUUGAUCCCAAUAUUGUUGAUUUGCUACAAGUUUAUUUUAAAAACAAUUUCAUAUGCACUGGCACAAUAUUAGUUUAUUACUAUUUUGGUAAAAAGAUUGAAAUUGAAGUUGUAAAUGUGAAAUCAGAUGAAUUAUUAUAUGUACACCCAUGGUUUCUCUUAUCAGAAAACACUAAAUGGAGUUAUGACCAGCAACCUGCUAACAAAGUGAAGAAACCACAAAUGAUUGGUGGAGUUAAUGACAUAAUUGAAGACAUUCAAAACCUUAUUAAGAUAUCAUUUAACACUGCAGGAUUUUCUGCCCAAUUUCAGCCUACCAGAGGACUUUUACUGUAUGGACACUCGGGAAUUGGUAAAACAGCAAUUUGCAAAUAUUUAAUUGAUAACUUGAGUUGCAAUCAUGUUAAAAUUAAUGGCCCUACAAUUUUUAGCAAAUACUUUGGUGAAACUGAGGCUAGCAUGAAGAAACUUUUUGCUAAAGCGGUAGAAAGUGAACCAUGCAUUGUGUUAGUUGAUGAAAUUGAGACAAUAUGCCCUAGACGUUCAUCAGGGAGUACGGAACAGGAACGACGAGUGACAUCAGCAUUUGUUGCACUUUUGGAUGGCUUGCAUGAGCAAAAUAGUAAAGUAUUUAUGUUAGCCACGACCAGUAAACCUGAUGCAAUAGAUCCUAUGCUUAGAAGAUUUGGUAGGCUUGAUAAAGAAAUAGAAAUACCUGUGCCAGAUAGGAUAAGAAGAAAAGAAAUCUUAUAUGUUCUUCUUAAAGAGCUCCCAAAUAGAGUUUCGUCUAAUGAUAUUGACUCUGUUACGGAUUUAGCUCAUGGAUAUGUAGCAGCUGAUUUAGUUAACCUGUGCACCCAAGCCUCUUUGAAAUGUAUUAAAAGGGGAAGUGGUGCAAUUGAAAAAGAUGAUCUACUAGCUGCUCUAAUGAUUGUAAGACCAAGUGCAAUGAGAGAAUUACUAAUAGAAGUACCCAAUAUACGAUGGGCAGAUAUUGGAGGUCUCGAUGACCUGAAACUUAAAUUACGUCAGGCUGUGGAAUGGCCCUUGAAACAUUCAAGUAGUUUCCGAAGAUUAGGUGUAAAGCCACCAGCUGGAGUACUACUUUAUGGUCCUCCAGGAUGCUCCAAAACCAUGAUAGCAAAAGCACUAGCAACCGAAAGCAGUCUAAAUUUCCUUUCAAUCAAAGGACCAGAAUUAUUUUCCAAGUUUGUAGGUGAAUCGGAGCGAGCAGUGAGGGAUUUAUUUACGAAAGCUCGUCAAGUGGCACCAUCAAUUAUUUUCUUUGAUGAAAUGGAUGCCAUAGGGGGUGAAAGAGGUUCGGGUGAAGCUAACGUACAUGAGCGUGUCUUAGCGCAACUAUUGACUGAACUAGAUGGUGUGGUUCCACUGAAAUCAGUCACAAUACUAGCAGCAACUAAUCGACCAGACAGAAUGGAUAGAGCUUUACUCCGGCCAGGCAGAUUAGACAGAUUGAUUUAUGUGCCUUUACCAGAUUUUGAAACGAGGUUGCAAAUAAUUGAAUUGAAGCUAUCCAAGAUGAGUGUAAGUGAUAUAAAUUCUCAUAGUCUAGCUGCUAGAACAGAGGGCUUCUCAGGUGCAGAGUUACAAGCUUUGUGCCAUGAAGCGGCCUUGCAAGCACUGGAGAAGGACCUAGAUUGUGCCGCUGUGUCAAUGUACAACUUUGAGAAUGUUCUCAAAGAUUUUAUGCCUCGCACACCUCAGUCACUGCUCAAGAUCUAUGAGGAGUUUGCAUUGGGCCAACGAACAGGUUGA